ACUCCACCUCUCUCUACUUCUCUCAGUCUCUCCAGAGCUCCGUCUUGUUGAACAGAGAAAAUGGCGUCCAAAACCCUAAUUCGAACCGGAGCUUCUCUGAUGAACCGGUACCUAUCAAAGCCACUGCUCCACCCAAACCCGAACCCGAAUUCGACUCACCAGGUUGUAUCCCACGCCCUCGAAAUCACUCCCAAGCUGUUCCCCUCCCUCUCCAACUUCGACAUCUCCCUCCGCUUUCCCCAAAACGACGCCGAAUCGAUCACCAGGGUCUUCAACGAGGGCUUCGUCCACCCUUGCGGCCUCCCUUAUCUCCCGCUCAUAUUACCUGAAGGAGACGAGUCUUCCUCUAAUGAGCCGAUGAUAUUAUUUCCUAAGCGGACAUUCCAGCCUAGUACUAUCAGGCGUAAGAGGAACCAUGGAUUUUUUGCUCGCAAGGCAACCAAGGGUGGACGGAGAGUUAUUGCUCGAAGAAUAGCAAAGGGUCGAGCAAGAAUUACAGCUUAGCAUCUCCUUCCCAGCCCUAGUCAUCAUUGAUCCAAUGAGAAGAUCUAGUUUAGGAGCUCAUGGUUAUCUUUGGUGCAUGUAGUUGCUCAUAGCCUCCCAGGCUUUUCCUAUGUUAUUUUUCAGAGAUCGUUUUGUUACCUCAGUAUUUCAUAAUGUUUGCGAGGUUUGUUUGGCUUUCUUUUUGCUUGGAUAGCAUAUAGAGUCAACAGGUCCUGCAGAGCU